GUGAGGAAACUGAGGCCCAGAGGAGUUAAGUGACUUGUCCAAGGUCACACGGGCGGUACCCCAAUGUUCACCCAGAAGCGAUGAACCCAUCUGCUCUGAGCUAAAGAUCUGGUCCCUUGCUAGGCCCCUUCCUUGCCCCCUCUGCUCGGCAGGAUGAGGGCCUGGAAGGCUGUGGCCAUCACAGUGGCCUUCAUGAGUGUGGACGUGAGCAUCACUACAGUGCUCUAUGCCUUCAGUCAUCGAGACCGGGGCAUGUUGCAGGAUCUGAGAGACUUCAACAUCUUCAACUCGGUGCUGGACCUCUGGGCUGCCUGCCUGUACCGGAGCUGCCUGCUUCUGGGGGCCACCAUUGGCGUGGCCAAGAACAGCGCCUUGGGCCCUCGGCGGCUUGGGGCCUCCUGGACCUUCAUCACCCUGGUGUGCCUCUUCGUGGGCAUUUACACCAUGGUGAAAAUGCUCCUCUUCUCUGAGGUACGCAAGCCCAUCCGGGACCCCUGGUUCUGGGGCCUCUUUGUCUGGACCUAUGCCUCCAUCGGGGCCACGUUCUUCCUCUGGUGGCUGCUGUCCACUGUGCGUCCGGGCCACAGGGCACUGGAGCCAGGGGCACCAAGCGAGGGCGUGGGCUACCCAACAGAGGGGCAGCCAAAGGAGGAGGAGGCAUCGGGGGCCACGCUGCAGAAACUGCUGUCCUACACUAAGCCUGACCUGGCCUUCUUGGUGGUUGCCUCCUUUUUCUUGGUGGUGGCAGCUCUUGGAGAAACAUUCCUUCCCUACUACACCGGCCGGGCCAUCGAUGGCAUUGUCAUCCAGAAGAGCAUGGACCAGUUCUCCACAGCCGUGGUCAUCAUGUGCCUCCUUGCUCUUGGCAGCUCAUUUGCCGCAGGUCUUCGGGGCGGCAUUUUUACACUCGUCUUUGCCAGACUCAACAUCCGCCUCCGUAACUGCCUCUUCCGCUCCCUGGUGUCACAGGAGACGAGCUUCUUUGAUGAGAACCGGACAGGGGACCUCAUCUCCCGCUUAACCUCGGACACCACCAUGGUCAGCGAUCUCGUCUCCCAGAACAUCAACAUCUUUCUCCGAAACACAGUCAAGGUCACCGGUGUCGUUGUCUUCAUGUUCAGCCUCUCGUGGCAGCUCUCCCUGGUCACCUUCAUGGGCUUCCCCAUCAUCAUGAUGGUGUCAGAUAUCUACGGCAAGUACUACAAGCGGCUUUCCAAAGAGGUCCAGAAUGCCCUGGCCAGGGCUAGCAAUACAGCCGAGGAGACCAUCAGUGCUAUGAAGACAGUCAGGAGCUUUGCCAAUGAGGACGAGGAGGCUGAGGUGUACUCCCGGAAGCUGCAGCAGGUGUACAAGCUGAACAGGAAGGAAGCCAUGGCCUAUACGUACUAUGUGUGGGGUAGUGGGCUCACCCUGCUGGUGGUACAGGUCAGCAUCCUCUACUACGGGGGCCACCUUGUCAUUUCGGGCCAGAUGACCAGCGGGAACCUCAUCUCUUUCAUCAUCUAUGAGUUUGUUCUGGGAGAUUGCAUGGAGUCGGUCGGCUCUGUCUACAGUGGCUUGAUGCAGGGGGUAGGAGCAGCCGAGAAGGUGUUUGAGUUCAUUGACCGGCAGCCAACCAUGUUGUAUGAUGGGACCCUGGCCCCUGAUCACCUGGAGGGCCGAGUGGACUUUGAGAAUGUCACCUUUACCUACCACACCCGUCCUCACACCCAAGUCCUGCAGAAUGUGUCCUUCACCCUCUCCCCGGGGAAGGUGACUGCCCUCGUGGGCCCCUCAGGGAGUGGGAAGAGCUCCUGCGUCAACAUUCUGGAGAACUUUUACCCCCUGGAGGAGGGUCGGGUGCUGCUGGAUGGGAAGCCCAUCAGCUCCUAUGACCACAAGUACCUACACAGAGUGAUCUCCCUGGUGAGUCAGGAGCCCGUUCUGUUUGCUCGCUCCAUCACAGACAAUAUCUCCUACGGGCUGCCCACGGUGCCCUUUGAGAUGGUGGUAGACGCGGCCCAGAAGGCCAACGCUCAUGAUUUCAUCAUGGAGCUGCAGGAUGGCUAUAACACAGAGACUGGAGAAAAGGGGGCCCAGCUGUCUGGUGGUCAAAAGCAGCGAGUGGCCAUGGCCAGAGCCUUGGUCCGGAACCCACCUGUGCUCAUCCUGGACGAGGCCACCAGUGCCCUGGAUGCAGAAAGCGAAUACAUGAUCCAGCAGGCAAUCCACGGCAACCUCCAGAAGCACACAGUCCUGAUCAUUGCCCACCGCCUGAGCACCGUGGAGAAGGCCCACAGCAUCAUUGUGCUGGACAAGGGGCGCGUGGUACAGCAGGGGACUCACAAGCAGCUGCUGGCCCAGGACGGCCUCUACGCCAAGUUGGUUCAGAGGCAGAUCCUGGGACUGGAAACGGGCACAGAAGAUGACAGUGGGGGUGGCGGGGGCAGCCGGCAGGAGAUGAUGCGUUUCCCCUCCAGCCACAAGGAGCCCCCGGAUGGGCAUGGCGAGGUGCACAAGGCAUGAGGCCCUCUUCCCUCUACCCCCAUCCCCUGCCCCAGGAUGGGAGCGGAGGCUGCAGUGCCCAAGCUGGCAGAAGCCCCCGAGGGAGGCCCAGGGCAGCCCAACCCAGAACCUGCUGGGACCUGGGGCCCAUCUUACUUGAAGGCAGAGGCUCAAGACCACUCCCUAGAGGGCAAGGCCUGUUUACUAGUUGAGCACAUUACUGCUUCAUGCUCCCCUCCCCGCCUCAGGACCAUCCCCACCUCCUCCCUCCUGGCACCUCUAGGCUGGGCUCCCAGCAGAAGCUGGAGGUGUGCCCACCUUUACCAGGCAGUGCCAUCUCACCCCCAUGGUCUUCUCUCCAGCCCUGCCUGAGUCACAGGGUCAUUGGAGGAGGAAGCAGUACUCGUAGGACUCCCUGGUGCCCAUCCAGCACUGCACUGGCAGGGGCCUCUGCCUAGGCAACUUGGGAGGAGCAGAGAUUUCCCUGGGUUUUUAAUCCUUGGGUCCAGCUGAGUAUAGCCCCCUGCAGCUUUUGGUUGUUCUUAAAAAAAAUCAUUUCUCCAUUAAAUAGCCAGGAAAGACUCUGGGUAGGCCCAUAAGAAAUUCCCCAAACCUCUAUUAUCCCUGGGAGCCGAGAGUGACUCAUCCUCCCCACUGGAAAACAGGCCAGUGGUAGCUGUGAAGGGUUGGCAUCUGCCACCGUCCCUGCCCUCACCCACCCCCUGCCCUGGCAUGGGAGAGGAGACCACGGAGUCCCAGGGAAGAGCGUCUCCUUUAUUCCAGAGGCCUCAGGGUGGGAGGGCCAGCCCUGCUCCCUUUAUCCCCUUGCCCCCUGCCUGUUGAAUUAAGGAGAGGAGGGUGGGAGGAGGUGGGCCACAGGGCCAGGCCAGGCUGGAGUAAGGGGGAAUUCCUCAGUGUCUUCCUCCCUUCCAUGCUGCUGAAGCCAAGCCAGUCUCACUGUGAACCACGAUGAACCUUAACCCUGGGGAGUGAGGGGCCACAGGGCAGACCAUGGCACUGCCUUGAGGUGGCUGGCACCCAUCUCCAGCACUUUAGGCCCCCGGACCCUGCCAGCUGGCAGCCUCUCCUUCUCUGCCCUCUGCUGUUUGCGGGGCUUUUGAUUGCGAUGUUCCGUUCUCACUGUUUGUAGGGUUGCUGGGAGGGUCAGGGGAGGCUGAGCCUGGUUCCGGGCUUUUUCCAAACCCUUGGAGGAGCUCUCCUCUCAAUAAAGUACUACCUCUGUCCCUCCAGCCAC